GGGUUCGGGUUAGUCUAACUCUGACGUCAUCACUUACUGCGUUGGAGGAGUUUCAUGAAAGAUGAAUAAGGAUAAUCAACCUGCAACGGCUAGAAUUCAGCCAAAGAAGCAAACGUUAGAGGAUGCUUAUUCUCCUCCCGCAAACUUUCUUGAAAUAGACAUCACAGACCCUCAAACUCAUGGGCUGCCAAAAUCUAAAGGGCGAUACACAGAUUAUGCUGUCAAAAUGAAGACAAAUCUACCAGUAUUUAAAGUGAAGGAAUCCACUGUGAGGCGAAGAUAUAGUGAUUUUGAAUGGCUGAGAAAUGAAUUAGAGAGAGACAGUAAGAUUGUAGUUCCUCCUUUACCUGGGAAAGCCUGGAAAAGACAGUUACCUUUCAGAAAUGAUGAAGGAAUAUUUGAUGAUGACUUCAUUGAAGACAGAAGGAAAGGACUAGAACAGUUUAUUAAUAGAGUUGCAGGUCAUCCUCUUGCACAGAAUGAAAAGUGUCUGCAUAUGUUCUUACAAGAAACAAAUAUUGACAAGAAUUAUGUGCCAGGGAAAAUUCGUACCACAUGAAAGGGAACAUAGUAGUUUAUCUUCCCCACCAAAUGAAAGCAAGGACAGAAUUUUUAUGCGACAGGCAUUUUACAGGGUUAGAAAUGGGGUUUAGAAGAUGAUAGAAAAUUACAUAAUAUUUUGGAGCAUUUCUUCUAUCUUUAUUGUUGAAAUCUAACUAAAUGUAGUAUUUCAUUGUUAUAGAUUAAAUUGAAGCAAACCUAAAGAAGAACAUAUAUUAAUACAGUUUGCAAUGACAGAAUUAAAAUUGUGUUAGAUUUUAUUGUUUUGCCUGUUUGAACAAAAGUGUCCAAGAUAAAUGGUGUGAAGAGACACGUACAUUUUGUAGAAUAAUUUUUACAAUAAAACAUAAGUACAGCUUACACAAUAAUGAAGUGAUUUUCAUUUCUUGUAGUUUUAAAACAUAUUAUGAAUGUACUGGAUAUCAUGAAGUAUGUUUAUAACGAAUCAAAAUUGUUCAUCCCCAGCUGUUCGGUAUAAGCAUGUUUUACUUUAGUACAUAAUCAAUUUAUUGUUUAUAGUUAUUGCAGUAAUACACAAAGCAAUCAUUAUUGUAAAAGAGAUUGUAGCUACAAAUGUCACCAUAUUUUAUACUGUUUGGGUGCAAUAAGGGUUGUCCUUGUUUUUGUGUGUUUUUUUUUUUUAAAUUUAAAGAAGUUUGAUAUUGGAAGUUUUACAGUUUAAAUGUAUACACUUUGUGUAUUUGUGAAGCCACGGGAAAUUCCUGUGUCUGAUACCAAAUAAUCAAGCUUAUGUUGUUUAGAUAUUACCAGUAGAUAUGUUUUAGUUGCAUUUUAAUCACAAAUCCAUGUAUACUUAGCAUCAGCAGCAAACAUUGUGCAUUUAAUAUUAAAGUGUAAAACAUAAACUUAAUAACAUUUUAUAACAAUAGCAAGUGAACAUCAUAUUAGAUAAAGUUUGAUACAAAUACAUUCAGAGCAGUGAAGUGCAUCUAUUGAAUAUGAUUGACACCCCAUACGGGAUGUGUGCAUUGACAACAAUUUCUCAAGACAUUACCAUAAUUACAUUUCAUGAUUAAUAGAAUUAAGUGAUUUAUCAAUAUUCAUUAGGCUGUUCACUUUUAUUUUGGUUAUGAUUGGCUGAUACAAAAUGUUCCUGGAGUUGAUGGUGGGAAACAUGGUGAUUUCAGUAUUCAAAUUGUUUUAUGAAAAAGGUCAGAGAAAAUGCUGUUUAAUUACCAACAUUAUUCAAUCAUGAUGUUGAACUGCACAUGAAAAUGUACAUGUAGCUGCAGAAAUGUAGCUCUUGGGGGGAGGGGGGGGGGUGAAUAGGUGCUGGCCUGUCUUAAGUUCUGCAACCAAUCAAUAUGAGAAUAUGAAUAUGUUACAUAUUUUGAUACUGAGACAGAAAUUUAUAUAAACUCGUUUGUUUCUAAAUUAUCCACACUUUGCACUGAUGCAUUUACUGGUAGUUUCUGUAUGUUUUAUCAAAAGAACUUCGAAUUUGUGUACAUAAAAGUACUAUAUAUUUAUACAUAUACGUACAUCAGAAGGUGAAACAUUUUGGGUUUUUUUGUAACAAUGAAUGUACAUGAAAUUUAUUAUCCAAGUCCUAAGUUUUGUCAUUCUAUAUCCCACAGUGUUGUACAUGGACAUAUUUAAAAUUUAAAUGUGAAAAGUAGAAUAAAUAAUAUAACAUUCCAAAGAUAAAAUCAGCUGGACUGUGAGCUUACAGUAGAUAUAUGUACUCUCACUACUUUGUAUUGUAAAUUUAGGUUUCGCCAGGUCACACAAUUGAACAUAAAGGACAUGUAGUUACAAGAUGAGCGAGAAAAUGGUGCAUUGCAUUUUCUUCAGUUUUUGCCAUACAUAUACCAACUUGUGAUAUCUGUAAUAUGUAGAAACCUGUUGCUGUGUAUUGUGUUGUCUCAAUGUUCUAUUCUUACCUGACAAAACAUUUGGAGAAUUGUGUACUAAAAUUAUGUAUACAUGUAAAUAAACUGUACAGAUGAAA